GCUGAUUUAUUUUUUUUUUGGUAAGGGGGGGUGCAUUGUGGUAGUAGCGUGCUUAGAGAGAGGAGAACUCGCCACAGUUCAAGCGACUACAUCUAGCGUGCUGGUGCAGCGGUGGUAGUGUUUCCAAACUGGUUUAGGCCUACAGAGUGUGGAGGAUAUAUCAGCAGUCUUAAUUUCUUGACAGAAUGUUCGGUUCAACUGCACGUGGAUUUUAUCAAUGGAUAACGACAAAAAUUCAUGAAUGUAUCUACGAAGUCAGUGUUUAGUUUGCUUCGACUGAUUCACAAAGUGGAUAACCAUUUUUAAGACGGUGGAAAAAUAGUUGAAAAAGAAUUUCUUGUAAAGUUUAUUUAAUUUUCCCAUAAUUUGUGAUGAAGAAAAAAGUGUGUAUUUCCAAACUUAGACUUAGAUCUAGAGUUUCAUUUAUUCUGUUACGUUUCUGAUUGUUGGCGGGGCACCUGAUUGAAUCUGGACGUGAUGGUAGGCUGUGAUAGUGGUCAGUUAGGUGUGCUAAGUGGAUUGUGGUGCUUCUCUAAUGCUGGCCUGGAGAUCGGUCCAUCUUGGGACAACGUAUCACACAGGACACAACUGCCAAAGGUUAUUCACAGGACUAAAGCAGGACCGUCGCCGUGAAGCCUCACUCCCAGGCUGCACUAUUCACUCUACGCUCUCCACGUGGAGAUGUGCCAUUACAUCAGUGUGUGCUUCGGUUGAAAUAGAAACGGAAUGUUUUCCGGAGAAAGUUUUUAACAGGCUAAAAAAAAUAUUCAAGUUUCUCGUCUGCUGUGUUUUUUCUUUCCUUGUUGAUCCCUGGUGGUGUCGGAUCUUGCUGACCAACUGACUGCAAUCUUCUUUGGCGGUAGAAUCAGUGGAAAAAAACUACUGCCGUUGUUGAGUGUGUGUUAUAUUCGCCUCUGCAGAUCUGUCCACUUGGCCGCCGCCCCUGCAAGGCUGUCCACUUGGCCUUCGAUUUAUAUUUAUAAAAAUAUUCGUUUUUUUGGGGGUAUGGAUGGUACCACAUAGAGAUCAGCUCAACUGUAGAGUGGUUAUCUAGCAUGGGACCAAGCAAUGCCUCUAAGGGCGAGUGUUCCAACCCAUUAUGAGGAGAACGUCUGUUUACUACCAAGCUAGCCCACCCAGACUGUUGUUGCUGCUGCUGCUGAUACAGUUUUUCCUCGAUCUUGCUGCUCCCAACGAACACCCUUUCUUAGGAAACGGCACAAGCAAUCCACUCUAUGCUACUGUGACAGGGGGUACCACGCUGGUCAGGAUGCACAAUUUAAAGUCAAAGUGCAAUCAUCAUUUUGUAUCCAUGGGCUUCGUGCGGAAGAUCAAAGCUGCUGAAACUCAGGAAACGGCCUAUACAAUACUGGAGUUUCAUUCCGACCCGAGUGGUGGCGGGUUAGUCAGAAUAAAAGGCCAUGCUACUAAAAGAUAUCUUUGCUUUAGUAAAAAUGGAAAGCUGAUCGACAGGGUGGGUAAACAUAUUCAGUGUUUAUUCAAAGAAAAAGACAUCGCUGGCGGAUACAUCGAACUGGUCUCAGCGGUGAAUGACAGGUGGAAGGUGGGCUUCAACAAAAAGGGGCGGAAGCUAAAAGGGCUUUUCCACCUCAAACCCAAAAUACAAAACUGUUACAUGUUUAAGAAGGUGCGGUGCACGCGGUGCUCAUGACGGCAUGCUCCCCUGGGGCGCUGAACUGUGUCGUUGUUUGUGCUUUUAUCAUUAUAUAUAUAUAUAAGUGAAGACUAUGCCAGUGUUGUUGUUGACAUGGCGGAUUCAUUCCUAUCUACCUCCGACACUCGUAUUGUCAAGGCUAUGACGCUAGCACUGGUCGCUACUUUGUCAUGACGCUUAAUGUCUGUGUGGCCAAGCACAUAAGUGUUUUUAGUCAAGCUGUAGAUUGUCCUUCAGGACAACAUUGGUCUUCUGUGAUACAUUAUAAGGAAAGCCACUAGAAAGGUCACUGGACAGGACAGCCACUGAGAACGGUCUUUUCAAAGGACGAACAUUGCUACCAUAACUUCAGGAGUUUCUUUACACACAAGCAAAAAGCAAGACAUGUGUAUUUUCUUGAUGGUCAAAUGGAGAGUUCAGUUAAAGGGGAGAGCAACAUGGUCGUGCAGUCCAUGAAAUGUUGUUGAAAAUUUGCGACAGAUUCAGUUUAUAGAAUGUAGCUCUUGACGCGCGUAUUUUGUAUUCUUGUUUCUACUUGUGCUUAGAGUGUUUCUGACAACAAUGACCUAGAGAGAAAGCGAAUGUUCCAGGGUGUCGCUAAUUUAUGUGCGCUUGAAAGAUGGGUGUGAGUGAACUGACUGGUAUCGUGUGCACUGAAGACAUGUAACAUUUGCAUUGGUAACGUGUGCAUAGAUUAGCUGUAAUAUUUUAAUGAUGAUAUGUAAUGCGUGAUUGAUGGUAUGUAACGUGUGAUUGAUGGUAAGUAAGGUGUGUGUGUGUGAUUGUAUGUAAUGUGUGUGUGAUGGUAUGUAAUGUGAGGUUGAUGAUGUAUAACGAGUGAUUUGUAACAAAAUGUCUAAAUGGGUCCAAGAGUACUUAUAUAUGAACGAAAAACGAACUGUUGGACAGUUACGUGAGGAGAAAUUAAGACACUUUAAGAGUAGCAGAAUAGAGAGAUAUACAUUUUGAACCUGAGGACAUGUCUGAUAAAGAAUAUAGUCAUAAUAAAUACAUAUGUUAGAGACGAUUACAAUGUUGUCUUGUGUGUAAGAUAAGAGGAAUCUCUUCUAUUGGACACAGGCCUGUGCCACGUGGUUGGUCAGAGUACAAGUACUGAAAAGUCCUUAGCCUGUGCUUGGCAGGGGAUGCAGACCCAUUGUUUAAGUCGCUUGUAACCAAGCCUGGAAAAUACGAUCUUAUAACAUUACAUUCAACAUCAUUGGUCAUAAACAUUGUAAAUUGUUAUUGUUAUUGUCCUGCUUCUUGUAUUAGACACGUGACAGUAGUUCCAUUGGAAGAAACAUUUGAAUGAUAACCUAUAUUUAAACAUAUAUAGUACAGAACACAAAGGUAACUCAGUUUCAGCUCAAGGCUCGCCUGAAAUACAAUGUGUGACCAAGUCCCAAAGCUGAACCCAUUACGUUUCGACGCCUAUUUAUUAGACACAUUCAGACUAAAAUCAUCCUGCUCUACCCGCCCCCUCUAUGUGCCUUUCUAAAAGUCCUAUUUGUAGAGAAGACAAUUCUAUAGCAUUUGAAUGUCCACACAAACUCUUCCUAGAGCAGUGCUGAUGCCACAGAAAGGUUCAAAUAGAAAAAAAAAAGUUUUGGAAAGUUUCGAUGUGGCUUUUUUGUUUUGUUUGUUUUAUGUAUUGAAGUCGGACAUUCGGACUUUCGGUAACUCUACAGGCAGUGUCUCUGCUGACCUGCGGUGACCACUCUUAAACAUCUAGUCUCAGACGUAACGCUUUACAAAAAAUAGUAGUAGAGUUUCUAAUAUAUAUAUAUAUAAUUACUAUUAGUUCUGCCUUAUAUGCUGAUUUCGAUCAUUGUCUCAAGUGUCUGCCUCAGUGCUUUUCGCAUUCUGUUCCUUUUGUGUCCGUAUUUUUUGUUUUACUUCCUUCCUCUUUCGUAUUGAAAAGUUGGCAACAAAAGAUGUUCAGUGAGGCCGAAUAGUUUUCCACGUUUGGACCUGUUCUCUUUCCAUUCAAAGCAACCAACCUGUCCUAUCUGUAGGGGCUUGUGGGGGGCACAUGUUCACAGAUACUGCUGAGCAAUACUGCAUCCAACUGCAUGUAUUGUUUGGUUUUGACAAGCUCAUUAUUCAGGAAUAACUAAUUGGCUAUGUCAGGAACAAAGGCAGGAAUGCGACUUGAGUUUACAAAAUAUUGAAAGUGAACAAAAAAAAAGAGUUAAAGUUAAAAAUAAACAAGAAGACUGCCUAAUAAUUACAUGUCUGUCAUUUUGUGAAAAGAAAAGGAAUACAACCUCUCCAGACAGCGAAAACAAGUUUGUGUGUAUCCUAAAGGAUUAUGGGAUUUCAGGAGCACAACACGUGUCCAGGAUUACGACAAAGCCCCCCUUCCCUCCAUCUGAAAUGAAAUCCCUCCCCCACUUUUUCUAAAUUCAAAGUUAUGUCUGAAAUGAAAGACUAUUUCGUCAUCAGACCACUCAGAAAAAAAAAAAAUCUGCUUUCAUUUAGCCUACUUCAGUUGGUUUCAUUUAGCCUACUUCAGUUGCGUGAAUCUGAUUGCAUUCUUGACCAAUGGCCAUAUCUUUUUAAUUUCCCAUGUAGCAUUUCCAGCUUCAUUCUCGCUCGUUCUUCAUACCCAUAAAUGUACAUUACACUAUAUAUAUAUAUAUAUAUAUAAAUGUGAAUCCCUGCUUCCCAAAACUCCGUGAUGUCAUUCUGUUUAGUUCUCACUUGGGUCUAUAGUUUUAGUAAAUAGUGCACGCCUUAGACAUUGUAGUCAAUAUUUUAUCAUUUACAUUAGACAACAUGAGAAUCAUCAUAAAUAUUGAUAUUCACUAUUCAUUCGGCCAGUGUCCAUCAUUAUAAUUUGAGCACCACAAUCACAUUGACACCAUUAACUACUUAAUGUCACACUCACACACAAGUUGCAAAACUUAAGGAUGCUACAAAUCAGCACAUUGCACCUGGACGUGACAUCCGGGCCUUACAUGUUGUAGAAAUACCAACUUUCCAUAGCAAAAGAACAAUAAUUUUGUCCAGAUACUGCUAUGCUGACCCUAAAAUUAAAAACAAAGGCUCUAACUUUAAUCGAUUGGUUUUUAAUCGCUACAUAUCACACUCACCAUUUUGUUAUUGUUGUAUAUUAUUGUAUUGUUUGACCUUUGACUCCUGACGCCAUUAAAGGCGACUCCUCCCCCCACCCUGCCUCUCACAGUCCACACAAACUCUGACAGAAUAUUUGGUUGUUGAUUAUGAACUUAUGUUUCUAAAUACUAGAAACGUCUUUGACACCUCUGUAUAUGGAAGUGUACAUAUGCUGUAUAUGGUCUGGUAUUUAGUAUUUAAUCUUUCGUCAAAUAUUUUUGUUUUGGUUUUUAGAAACAGUGUUAUGAAACAUGUACAAAGCUAUUUAUAUACUUAUACAUAUAUUAUAAUAUAUUUAACUCACGGACAUAGCAGCGCAUACACACACACACACACACACAGAUAUGAUGUAAAUAACUAAAAGACGAACGUUGUUAAAAUGGCAUUUUUUUUUUCAAUUUACCAAAAUGUUGCUUUGUAUAAAUAAUGUUUCAAACCAGACAUUUGUACGUAUUCUUGUAUCAUUGUAUUAUCUUUUCAUGAAGAUGUAUUCGGUCUUAUUGUAUAUAUACAUAUAUAUUUAUAUUUUGUUGGCUUUACUUCAAGCUGUUCCGCUAAGUGUUUUCUCAUUUCAAACGUACAUAUGUAAACAGCUCCACCUUGGUACUACUAAAAUGGGACUCUUUAACCCCCCCUCUCCCACACACUCACCCCCCCAGGGCUCCAACAUGUGUAACAGCAUUGGUUCUGUAAGGUCCCCCCGGGUCAUAUUUUAUCCCCCCCCCCCCCCCGUUUCGUCUCCUUCUAGGCCUAUCAGUAUAAGGAGACCCGGUAAGCGGUAUCGUUUGUCAUAAAUCCGUGGCUUGUCAUAAGACACAGUGAUCUUAGCAAUGAGGGAGAAAUAUGACUGUACGAUCUUGUUAAGGAAUGCCUUCCCCCCCCCCCAUUCAUUAUAAAUAUAGAUAAACUCUGUUGAUGUAGUCAAUAGUCUGUGCCACUACCUGGUCAGUGUAGAGUCGCUUGCAGUAGCCGUAUAUUGUGUACUGUGAUGUUCUCAAAGUGUAGCCUCUAUGAACCUUACCAUUGUAUUGUAUACAGUUUUGUGACAGAUGUUUAAAAAAAUCCAGCAUACCUAACGCCAUUGCAAAUUUCAUCAGCUGAAAAUAUUUUGCCAAAGAUUUACUACCAAUGAGAUACAUUUCCUUCUAAAACAAAAAUGGAGAAAAUUGAGAUUCCUUUCCAGUUAGAUAUGAACAAAAUAAAAUAUUUCCAAAUGUUUAGCAAAGGUUAACAAAUGUAAAAUUUCCAUCUAUUCUCGAAAUAGUUAAUAAACCUAGAUUGCCUGAUUCUGGAUCCUCUAUUUCUCAUUUCGAAUUUAAAAGAUAUAUACUGAGCUAAAUUGUAAGCAAAUUAACAAUUAUUAACUGAAUUUAUUAGCUAGUUCUGUUGCUAUGUAAUAAGCUAAUUUUGAGCUUCCGAAUUCCUGCACAUUUAGUUGUUCAGCUAGAUCUAGAUCUUUCUUAAAUUGACUAGUCCGGGAUUUGAAAGCCACUUAAACCUGUAUGUCACCGUUGAAGACAAUUUCUGUUUUGUCGUCUCAGCAUUUGUUGGCGGACUGUUGAAGUCACGAGACCCACGUCUCACGUGCUUGUGUUGUUGUUUUGGGUUUUUUCUCCUCUUCGUCAAAUUUCUCUUGAAAAAAAAAUCGAUCUGUUUCAAAGCGCCCAUUGCCGUGUUUCUUCUUUAGUACGCUAGUUCAGGGACACUGGCAGUGUGUUCAAGAAGUGUGUCACUUACAUGUGUGGUGUGUUGAAGAGACAUGUGUUCCAGUGUCAAUAGACCCGUAUGUUUGUAACAGACUGUUUAUAUCUAUCUGUAAGUUUGGUGUACAUAAUACACACAGUUGGCCCACGUGUCCCCCCCCCCCCGUUUUUUUUUUCUCAAACCAAAGAAAUGUAAUUUAUUACAGGGUUAUUUUCUCAGAGUUGGCAAUUGAGACUUGAAGUACGAUUAUCUCCUUAUCUGUGUUGAAAACUUUUCCUGGCAUUUAAACUCUGAUGCUUUCAAAGUCGGCACAGAUCACUGUCCUGUCUUAUACAGCGCUAAUCAUUUACAGAGUAAUGUCAAGUUAUAUUUAAAAAAAAAAAAGUUUUAGUGUCUCAAGUAGGGCAGUUUCCUGACGUGAGGUCACCACUCCACCCUAAGGUUGCCCCUGUGUGUGUGUGUGUGUGCUUGAGAGAGAGAGAGAGAGAGAGUGACCGAGAGAAAGAUGAAGGAAGGGAGUUUGAAGGGAAUGGGGCGUACCAACAGUGCAGAAUAUUUAUGAUAACUGAAUCAAACUUUUGGAAGUAAAAAAAACCCAGACACUAUCACCUUAAGUAGUAUUAAUGACUUUUACACAAAUUCUUCUUAAGGCUAAUUGCAAUCAAAACUUCUACAUAAGACAUUCACAACAACAUAAGUAAAUAAUUCUAAUGAACAAUUCAAGCAUGCAUAAACGUUAGGAUUUAUUCAUUUAAAAUUGUUCAUAAAUUUUCGCUUCAUAAAAUAUUUUAUUAUACCCCCCCCCCCUUUCCCUUUUCCAUUUCGACAAUACCAUUCAUUCCAACAAAGAAGGAUAGUUGUGUACAUAUAAUCCUUAUCCAGAGACAAUCCGAGUUCAACUUCAACACACCUGAACAUAACCAAAAGUUGUUUUUAAGCCUUUUUAAAAAUCUUUUAUGAAGACAUGGGAAUGAAAAACAUCAAUGCUACAGUAGCAAAACAUUUAGACUAAGUCAUGAAUAGAUUCAACCAAUCCUUGUUUAGUACAACACAACAGAACUGACGGAAUAGAGUUAAAAACAACAGUCAGGGACGUCUCUGGCUCUGGAGAAAGAGAUUGUGGCAGGUAUUGUCACAUUUAUUAGACCUAGUGGUCAGCAAGUUAAAUCCGUCACUGAUGAUGAUGUGCUUGUUAAUUGUUAAGUCAAAGGGGGGUUGGGUGGUUCUUGAUGUUCUGCUUGCUUUCUUUGUCCCCUGAAUGGUAAGAUUGUACAUAAUUAUGUAUUUGAGGUUGUUGUUUUUUUUGUAUUUGUGUUGUUUGUCUGUCAAUAAAUUGUAUAGUGUUUACUGCUGCAAUUUGACUCUUUAGAAAUUUAUUAUAUACAUAAAUAUAUUAUAAAUAUACUAUUUGUUGAAGUGUGUGAUCUUUAUAAUUAUUGUGUGUGUGUGUGUGUCUCUUUCUUGUUGUGCAUUUUGUUUUUGUAGCAGAAAUAAUUAGGUCAUAUUAAAUAAAUUGUGUAUUAUAGAGAA